UCUCUCUCUCUCUCUCUCUCCAGUCCAGUUACUGUCAGAACCCCUAAUAGCCAUGGGAGAUUCUCGCCGGAUUUCUGUCCAUCACGCUCUUGGCGGUGGUUCAGUUGCUGAUGUUUUGUUGUGGAAGAAAUGGUAUGGAAGCAGUGUUGUGCUAGUCUCUGCCACCGCCUUGUGGUUCCUCUUUGAACGAGCCGGAUAUAACCUUUUGUCAUUCAUUGCCAAUGUUCUACUACUUCUUGUUGUAAUCCUUUUCUUCUGGGCUAAAUCUGCAUCACUUCUCAAUAGACCUUUGCCUCCUCUCCCUGAUCUGGAGAUUUCCGAGGAAUCUGUUUUGAAGACUGCUGAUGUAAUGCAAGUGUGGAUCAAUGAUGCAUUGUCUGUUGCACGCGAUAUUGCUAUUGGUGGAAAUUUGAAAGUUUUUCUUAAGGUUGCUUUUGGCUCGUGGGUGAUUUCUUGCAUUGGUAGUUUCUUCAACUUCCUUACUCUGGUCUAUAUCGGGGUUCUUCUCAGCCUAUCAGUACCUCUUUUCUAUGACAAGUACCAGGAUCCAAUUGAUGAAAAGCUGAUCAUACUACAGAAAAAUGUUCAAGCACAGUACACAAAAAUUGAUGAUAUCAUCUUAAGCAAGAUAUCAAAGCCUCUUAACAAGGAAAAGAAGACUCAGUAGGCCUAGGAUUCUUCUUUCUGGAUGCUUACCAUGUACAUCAACUAUCAUCAGUAUUGGGAACCACCAUGAUUAACUGCAGAUUGCUCUGAGGUUUUGGGAUAAUGCUAUUUUUUCGUUGUUCAUUUUAUUGACAUUAUUCUUGAUAGAUUUCGGUCAGUGCAUGCCCUCGUGCCUAUGCUUACGGUUUCUUCCACUGCAUGAAGAAAAGUACCCUCAUGGUGGACUUGGUUUUGGUAAUGGAACUCAAAGUUAUAAAUUUGAUGGAUGUGACAUCUGGUUAUUUUGAAGCAGUUCUUUGUGAUUUAGUCUUGUGAAUAUGGAAGAUAGCAGCAUAUUCACCGUUGAAGCCUUAAGUUGUGAUUUUGUGGCUUUAUAGAGACAACAACUCGACUUCAUGGCUUUUGAAUUAUACGAUGCCGUGUGCUUUUGAAAAACUUUGUUUUUUCGGUGAUCUGAGCAUAAGUCUUCUAAAAUCCUCCUUAGCAUCAGUAUGAAUUGUAUCCUACAGCCUUAC